AUGGCCGCCGUCCCCCGCUUCCUCGGCCUUCAGCCCGUCACCCCGAACCUCAAGCCCAUCGUUCCCUACCUCCAGCGCGCGGAGGAGCUCCGCACAAAGGACCCAAUCAUGACCUACUGGUGUGCUUACUACGCCGCGCAGGUCGGUAUCGCACUGAAAGCGAAGGAUAACGCGUCGCGUGCGAUGCUAUUUGAGCUGCUGACGCUGCUCGAGAAGAUGAAGGAAGAGAUCGGCGCGAACGAUGCGAUCGACCUCGAAGCCGCCAGCUCUGCGUACGUCGAAAACUUCGCACUCAAGGUCUUCACCAUGGCAGAUAACGAGGAUCGUCGAGGCCAUGCAACACGAUCUACAGCGAAGAAAUUCCUGGCUGCCGCCAAUUUCCUCGAAAUUCUCAAGACCUUCAAGCCUGAAUAUGUCGAUUAUCACGAAGACAAGAUCCGAUACGCCAAGUGGAAGGCGAGCGAUAUAGCCAAGGCUAUCCGCGAAGGUCGCAAGCCUACACCUGGUCCCGCUGGCGGGGAGGAAGAGGACUUUGGCAUGCCUGAAGCUCCUACUGACACCGCCCCAGCCGCCGACGCCUCUGCCGAAUCGACGCCUCAAUCUGCCCACCAUACCCCACAAUCCGCUCCCUCAACUGCACCCACCUCCCCCGAUCUAUCUAACUCCACGCAACCCCCAGCCAAACGGUCGCCUCCCCCGCCGAAGAUUGACCUCCAGGACGAACACUAUCGCAAGCCACCCAAGGAUCAUCUCAGUGGCCUUCGCAAAUGGGGCGGCGAGAGCGAGCCGACGCCCGGGAGCUGGAGUACCGCUGCCACCCCUGGAUUAACCAGCCCAGGGCACCCGGACGACGAGCGCGGGCUGCUCGACGCUGGAAUCCUGAAGCACGUGCCCUCGGGCGACGGAGGGGCGAAGGCGGUGCACUUUGCGCCAUCUGAACCAUCAGUGCCGCCUCAGCCGCCACGGGCGUCAUCACCGCCGAGAGGCGCACACGGGCAGCCAUCUCCCAAUGGUCCCGGAACCCUGCACACCCUCGGCAGUGCUUCAUCGGGCGCGCAAGUUCCAUUGGGCUACGUGCAAGAUUCCGCCCCAGGCCCAUCGUCCUUACCCUCGCAUCAAGCUUCAGCAGUACCCCCGCCUCAACAUACCGUAAUCGCCCCUCAUACCGGCGUCGCACCUUCGGCUCCGUCCCCUCUUGCGACGAGCAAUUUGCGGACUGCGUCCGUGGCGGCCACAAAUGGGACGGAGACAGUUGAACUUACGCCACAAAUCAUCGCGAAGACGCAGAAGCACUGUCGCUUCGCCAUUAGUGCACUCGAUUACGAGGACGCGGAGCAGGCGAAGAAGGAGCUGCGCGCUGCGCUGGCUAUCCUGGGCGGAUGA